AAUGGAUUCGGCUUCGGUAUCGAGCGAGCAAAUUAAGGAAGAAACUUUUGAUGAAAAAAAUGCUAGUAGUUCGAAUGAAUGCGAUGACUAUGGGUCAAAUCCACUUCCGUCUUUCAAACCUUCUCUACCAAAUAUUGCAUCCAGAAAUGCUUCCUUGCAAUCACACGUUUCUACGCAAUCAGAACCUCACAGGUUCAAUAAAAGAUUAAGAAACGCUUCUAUACAAUCAACGCAAUCAGCACCUUCUAGUGUCUGUUUUCAUAAUCCGCCCCCUAAUAAACCACUACCCCCACUUCCUUCUUUAAAUCCUGUCUACAAAUGUGUUCAUAGUUUUGCUGAAGAAGAUACAAGAUAUUUAUCAUUUAAUACUUAUGAUAUAUUAGAAAUUCUUGAAAAAAACAAUAGUGGUUGGUGGCUAGCUAAAAAAGGUGAAAAACGAGGUUUUGUACCAUUUCAUUAUUUAGAAGAAGUCAAAGCGCAAACAAUACGACUUACGAGCCCCUUUAGCAGCUCACCUUUACAAACCGAAAUAAUUGAACAACUUACAAUUAGUGAGGCCAACUCGUCUAAAAAGUCUGCAAAAAAUUCCCACUUAGUUCAAGAAGUCAUGCUUUUCAAUGAAAGGAUCAAACCCCACAAACCGAUUUCAUCUAGAAAAUCUACUUUAAGACCAUUAGGGAAAAAUGGGCAAUGCGAGAAAUGUAAGUGUUUCAGAACCGGACGUAACUGGUGUAAAUACUGCAAUAGUGAAUAUACUCAGAAUAAUUUCGGGAAAUGGACAAGCGGUAUCAAAGAACUUGAUGAGUUUAUUCAAGCAGCGCAACUUAAAGCCAUCAAUGCUAGAUCAAUGUUAGAGUGGAUAGAUUACCAAGAAUUCACGGACGUGAAGCAUAUCGCAGAUGGCGGUAAUAGAUUUACGGCAAAUUGGCAUCAAGGUCCAAUACGAGCAUGGGAUACAACUGCCAAUGACUGGGAACGAGGCUGGGAUACAACUACCAAUGACUGUGAACUAGACAGUGAACUGACAAAUUUGAAUAUAAUAAUAUUGAAACGCUUAAAUAAUUCCAGAAAUAUGAUAUACUUGAAAGAGGCACAAGAUGGGGACCUUGGUAAAUAUAUCUUCAAUAACUUUAAUACUUUUACCUGGGAACAAAGGAUAGAUACUCUUAGAGAAAUUGCGAGUGGAUUGGUGACCAUUCAUAAAGCUGGAUUCAUGCACGCUUGCUGGAGUAGAGAUCCAGAACUGCGACCUAAGUCACGUGAAUUAGAAACAACAUUUGUCGGAUUGACUGAGAAAAUCAUGAAUGGGCAAUUAAUUUGCCCUAAGAAAUUGGAAACAACAAAUGCAAUUUCAAAUUAUCCAUUCAAAAAUAGCUCAAGUCAACUACUUCCUUCCUUAUCCAUUGAGCAGCUUAAAUAUUUGGAAGAGAUGGAUGAACGAAGUGAAGCUCUCUAUCAGAAUUCCAUUAACCAACGUCUUCUUGAGAUCAAUGAACAUGAAUCUAAUAAUGGAGAGCUUUUAGAGCAAAUGAAUCCAAUGACUUGGACAAGUGAACUCCGAAAACUUGCUGACCAAAUAUUUAGCAAUCCAGGUGUGAAGCAUAUCAAAUCUUAUUUUCCUACGUCGAUCACAUUGCCUAAAUCGGUAACUCCUACUAUUACAAACGAAAACAGAAACGAACCGGAUGAAAUACGAACCGGAAACCGAAGAAAACCCAUGCGGAUCCUUACAAAGCUGUUGAUUUUAAUGCGAAUUGGCGAAUUCAAGACCCAAUCAUGA